CACUGCAGAGGGAAUGAACGCUCAGGAUGUUUGUAGUGGGUGUACUGGAAGUAAUUUAAGGGGAAGUCUACUACAACCAGCGAUCAUCACGGGGUACCUGCUCACUCUUGGAGGGGUUGGGCGUGAUGUGGGGGGAGGCGUUUCCAGCCUCCAGCCUGCUCUUCGGCAGUUCCUGCGCUCAAAGCUGUUGGGUUGAAGCGCCGGCCGAGCGCAGUCCUGCACAGCCACGCUUUCUGCACCAGCUCGAGCUGGACGCAUGACACACGGGCGGGAUCUGCGCGUUCUAUUUAAAUUAGUGCCUGCAAACAAAACCGGGAAAGACGAAGUCGGAUUUGGAAUGAGCUGGAACAACAGAAGCGCGUAACUGAGCGAGCACGCCUACAACGACGAGGGGACCGACCGGUGCGCCUUGGCACCGGAGGGGAGCACCAAACUUCACCGAGCUGAGCAUCAGUCCGGGACAAACAGAUCGUCUCUCUCUCUCUUUCUCUCUCUAAGCAUGUGUCCGUGAGACUGUUUUCUGUAGCGUCAAUGUGUAAUUAUCAACUUUCAGAUUAAGGUGUGGAUAAAAAGCCUCGCUCUGCCCGACCGUGCCAAUGCUGGAAUGGCUGGCGGCUCUGUGCUUCGUGAUCCUGGCGGUCUUGAUAUGGCCAGGUUCGAAGUAUUUUGGCACCGUGAGCCAGACGGAUGCGCUCCUUCAAGGGCUGGGCAUUUCGCAACAGGCGGCGAAGGACAUGGACGGCGUGCAGCCGGCCUGUGCGGGCGCCGGGACCGGGGAUGUCAAAGCUCGCACCGUGGCGCUCAUCUGCAAGCCGUCCGCGCUGGCCAACUACCUCCUGAAGCACUGCAGGACUUUCAGCGAUUACUCCCCGUGCGUCGGCUGGACGUGGAGGGCGAGCGCCUUCCUGCAGAGCGUGUACGAGGCGUGCUGGCCCUACGACAGCCCGGUCCAGUUCGUGCGGGACAACCUGCAGCUGAGCGACGAGGGACUGGUGGCCUUGGACUGGGCAGUGCCAUCCUACCAGAAGAGACGCAGGACUUCCAGCCACUCCACCAGCCCCGUGCUGCUCAUCAUCCCCAACUCUUUUGGGAAGAUCACCAGAAAUGUGCUGAAGCUGUGUGAAAUGGCGCUGUCCCACGGCUACCUCCCGGCAGUUUUCAACCGCCGCAGCCACAACGGCACCCCGCUCACCACCCUCAAGCUGCAGCAGUUCGGAGACCCGGCAGACCUGCGCGAGGCCGUGCGCUACAUUCGCUACCGACAGCCUGCGGGGAGACUGUACGCCGUGAGCGAGAGCAGCGGGUCGGGCCUUCUCCUGUCUUACCUGGGGGAGUGUGGAUCGUCCAGCUACGUGACGGCGGCUGUGUGCCUGUCGCCUCUGUUCCGCUGUCAGAGCUGGUUUGAGAACGGGCUGUGCUGGCCGCUGCAGUGGGCUUUGGUGCUCUACCAGAAGAUAUGUCUCAGCAGGUACAAGACGGCGCUGGGUGAGACCAUACAAACAGACGCUCUGUUUUCCAGCUGCUCCUUGCGUGUCCUGGAGGAGUCGUUGUUCUGUCAGACUGGACCUGCAGCACCGACCGGGCCCGGCGCUAGCGGCGGUGCCUCAGGUGCGUGGGAUGCCUACUGGGAACGCAACGAACCCUUGAGGGAUGUGGACGAAGUGGCUAUUCCCGUUCUGUCCGUGUGCGCUCAGGAUGACCCUAUCCGUGGUGACACCCAAUCCACAGUGCCCUUGGAGCUCUUUGAGACAAACCCGCAUUUUUUCCUCCUUCUGACUGACCGUGGAGGUCACUGCGGUUUCUCCACCCAGCCCGAGGGGAGCGCCGCUGGUGCAGCCGGUGCAGUCGGCUCGGCGGCUGUGCCAAGCAGCGGGGUUGGGAGCGGCGGGGUCAACUGGAGCCACAAAGCUCUGCUGGAAUUCUUCCGGGCGACCACAGACUUCUUCGCUGCAGAGGAGAGAGCGAAGCAGCUGGCCGCGAGGAGGAGGGGGCUGGGGGGUGGAGCAGGCGGGAGGGCCUUCCGCCACCGCAGCGUCAGUACGUGUAAACGAAUGCCAGCGUGCUCCCAUAAUAUCCAUGCCAUUUACAAUUGGCAGAGGUCCUAUACACGAUGAGGGAGCUUCAUGGAAGUUAAUGGACUACACUGAUGCCUUCUGAUAGCGUUUGGAUUUGGGAUGUGAAGGCUCAGUUUGUUCUGUGACACUCCGCUACAAAGUGUUAAACCGAACUACAAACGUGCCGGGGCUGUGAGGAUCUGAGGGCACAGAAUGCUUUCAAGUGUUCAUAAAUCACAGCCAUAACACAAGAGCUCUUGCACGCAGUUGUUACGUUCUGCUGAACGCUUGACACUAAACUCGCAGGAUGGGUGGCUAUAUGUUUUUCUAGAGACUGAUACAAAUUGCUUCACUGCCAGCUGUUAAAACUGAGGGAUUCUCUCACUGUUUUGUCAACACACACAUACAUCUUGCCCCCCUGACUAGAGACGAGAAGUAAUGAGCCAACUAGUCUUCACAAGUUUAUGAUAUUGAUUUAAUUAAUUCCAUUUCUGGGCCAUGGGGUCGGGUGCAGCUGAAGCUGCAAAAGCCAUAACAAUUCUGAAUGUGUCGAACAACCAGCAAUUAUUUCUACACAGUGUGACAAUACAAGUGACUCGCUGUUGAAAAUGUUGGAAUAAAUAACCCCCGAACUUCACAAAAACAAAUACUCAUAGACUAGAAAAAAUGCACACCUGUCCUGACCUCACCUGAAUCUGCCUCCUUCAUCCCUGGAGGCGGAAAUCGCAGUCAGGGCUGCUGUGACAUGAAAAUCAUCCAGUGGAUUUCUUUCUUUCUCUUGGGUCACGGUCCUGCCACUCACCUGGCUUUAAAACGUUUCUUUAAAACGUCCUCCAUCAAUUGGUCCAGCUCCUGUGUUGGUGGUGUAAACACCCUGCUAGCUUCAUGGCGAUCUGAGCUAACUGGCAGCUACAGUUAGCAGCAGUUAGCAACAUCGACGUUACAAGGGCAAGGCUCCGUGUUGCAAAUGUCUCCCUGGUAUUUUGCUCCCAGUUGGACUAUGUGUCACGCAGUUUGCAGCCAUGUUAGCUACAGUGUGUUGGCAAUCACGGCUGCAUGGUCAUUUUGGAUAUUUGAAACCUUGACACUUAACUAUUGCGUCUUACUUUUAUUCUUUGUAUCACUGACAGGAUAUUUAUUGGGGAAGGGUGAAAGUCUUGUGCCUAGAGUAGAGUAUCCAGUAAGGAUCUGAAGUUAAUUUGAGCUAAAUGUCAAAAGAGUUUAAUGAACUCAUCUGGUGUUAGAUGCACACAAUGAAGAGAAUUCAUUGUGUAUAUUACUGAAUGGUCUCUUCUGUAUGGGGAAAUGUCCUGAUGCCCAGAAUAGAGCACCACAUGUGUGAUUGCAAUCACCUUUUAGAAGUGAAUUCUGUGUAAUGAGGUUCUAUUUUAAUGAGCUUCGUGGCCGAAGGCGCGUUUUGAGUUUUUUCCGGCCUCAUCGUCUGAAGCCCAGAGUGUGAAGGUGGCGAAGAUGUGAUGGUGGCUGGUUUCGUACUGAGGAGGAGGGUCCCCGCAAAUUCUAUUAAUUGUUUAUCCUUGUGAUAUAGAGUAAUAAAUACUGUGUCAGAUGUGGUUAGACCAGAAGCACUUCAGAGGGCAGCUCAGACGACGAGCAGUAGAAAGCAGAGGUUCAGAUCUUUGUCUUCUGUUGUUUCAUUGAAAUGCCCCACCUGUCAAAUGUGUAAGUUUGUGUGAUGGAAUCAGAUGAAUAAAAUUAUUUAAAAAAGUAAAUAUGAUUAAUAAUAUAUCUUGGUCACUAUUUUUGCUCAUAAUCAUCAUUACUUUCAAAUCUCAUCACACUGAGGUUAUGAUCUUUGGUCUUGUCAAACCCCCGCUGAGUGAAUCCUCACAGACACUCCCUAUUUUAGCACAGUCCCUAUAGCCAUUCCAAGCUGCAUGUGU